UCACCUAAUGCAACGUGCAGGUUAACCUGUUUGCGCUUCUCUCUGGUUAAAUUUCUUUUUCCUUCCCACAUGGGCUUCGAUCUACACUCAAUCUUGAGAACAGACCACUAGUUCAAAAUGGGGACGUUCGGGUCUCAGACCAGUACUUAUAACAGGCUGGUCACAAUUUUUGUUGCCGUUGGGUCGAUGACCUAUGGCUACUGCACCUCGAUUAUUUCAAGUACUAUCGGUCAGCCGGGAUGGUAUACAUACUUCGAUCUUCCCGCAGAUGGCGAACCAGGAUAUGCCUCGAUCACAACCCCUGUGAUCUCUACUGCGAAUGGCGUCUUUAGUGCUGGGGGUGCGGUUGGGGCACUCUUCAUAAUGUGGUCGUGUGAUUUUUUCGGCCGCAAGCGUAAUAUCCAGCUGGGUGCUUUCUUAGCCAUGUUCGGAGGAGCUCUUCAAGGAGGUUCCAAUUCACUCAAGAUGUUCCAGGCUGGUCGCUUUGUAUGCGGUCUAGGGAUCGGAAUUCUUGUGACUGUUUGUCCAAUGUACCUUUCUGAAAUGUCCAGUGCCUUCCGCCGAGGAUGGCUUGUCGGACACCAUGCCAUUUUUCUCGUCUUCGGUUACAUGCUUGCUGGGUGGGUUGGCUAUGCAUGCUACUUCGCAGAGAACAAGCUAGGCACCUUUGGCUGGCGUUUCCCACUUUGUCUCCAGUGCUUGCCACCUCUUAUCCUACUUCUAGGGUCGCCGUGGCUUCCUCGCUCCCCGCGCUGGCUGAUCAGUAAGGGAAUGCACGAGGAAGCUAAAAUGGUUCUAGAGCGACUUCGCCAAUCGCCAGAUGACCCCAACAAUUUGGUUGCCAAGGAGGAAUAUUAUCAGACGGCCGAACAAAUUCGUCUGGAGGGUGAAAGACUGGCUACCUAUGGCAACGUAUGGGCAGCCGUUCUGAAGAAGAAGUCGUACAGAAAGCGCAUGGCUAUCGGGUUUCUGACUCAAUGGGGAGCGGAAUUUGGUGGGCCUCUCAUCAUAAACAACUACGCUGUUCUUCUCUAUGAGAAUCUCGGGAUGACAGGCGGUAUGCCACUGCUGCUGAGCGCCGUCUGGCUAACAACCGCUGGGCUUAUUUAUAACCCUCUUGGUGCCUGGCUUCACGACAGGGUAAACUCACGCCGAAAGAUGUAUAUCACAGGCUUCAUCGGAAUCAUUAUCACCACUUCUUGCUUAGCUGCUAUGACUGCACAGUAUGCGGGUACCACGAACCGCGUCGGUAAUGGAUUCGGCAUUCUCUUUAUAUAUCUUUACCUCGCUUUCCAGGGAACUUUCUGUGAUACGACAAUGUAUCUGUACGUCUCCGAAAUUUUCCCUACGGAGAUUCGCCCAAUCGGCAUGGGCUUCUCACUGUUUGGACAAUUUGCUGCGACCAUUAUUCUUCUUCAAACUGCCCCCACAGGGUUCGACAAUGUUGGGUGGAAGUUCUACCUGGUUAUCAUUUGCUGGUCAAUCUUUUUCAUCCCAGUGAUUUACUACUUCUUUCCUGAAACUGCUCGUUUGACUUUGGAAGAGAUUGCGAAAAACUUCGGCGAAGAAGUUGCUGUCCACCUCACCGACGCAACGGACGAGGAGCAAGCCCGUUUCCAACGUGACCUUGAGAAACGGCCUGACAGUUUGGGGCAUUCUGACUCCAGCAGGGACAACGAGGCUGGAAUACCUCCAUCUAGCUCCCACGAAAUGCCCAAGGCCCCAUGAACUGUCCAAUCCACUACCAC